AUGAUAUCCUCACAUACCUUUCAUCGGUUGCAAAAACUCAUUCAUCAUUUAGUUCCAACCGCAUCUAUUCCGUCCAAUGUAGAAGAAACCUCUUCUUCACUCCAUCCUCGUGGAAAGCCUUCUUCUCAAAUUGAUCCAAAUGAGAACAAUUCCGUAAUAAUGGAAUUUUCAUCACCCGAAGAAGCCAUCAUCAUGGUUGAUAAUGAACGUGAUUUUCAUGAUUUAUCCAAAGCAUUCCGAGAAGCAAAAUCUUUGAUUCCAUCUCCGAAAAUUAUUAUGGGAGAUUUAACUCAAUUUCUGAAAACGGUACAAAGUAACACUACGAAUGAACAGAAUUCAAAUAGAGAAUACAAUAACAGUACUUUCCAUGUUUCAUCGAUUUCUCAAAACUAUACGAGUAAUUACCAAGACAAGUUCACUUUUGGAAAUAAUAAUUCUGCAGCCUUGAAGAAGAUAACAGGAUCAACAACUCCACACUUUUCAAAUGCUAUCUCUAUAUCGGCUGAUGCAGCGGAGGAUGAGCUCGAUAUUCUCGUAAGAAGAGCUGAAGAAAUGAGAAUUCAAGAGGAAUUGAUUGAAAAAGGUACAUUAAAACAUGCCUCUGGAAAAAUCUAUGAAGUUGUGAAAUAUAUACCACAUUUAAUUGUCCCGACAUAUGUCGAGGAAAGUACUCGGGCUGGUAUGGAGAGUAGAGAACGACGACGACAGAGAAUCAAGAUUUUGUACGAUGUGCAAACCACACGAGCUCAAACACCUGCAUUUCUGGAUGUGUCACAAGAUGACCCAAAAACACCUCUUGCUUUUCGAUAUAUUCGAAUUAUUCUGACUACUGCAGAAGCGAGAAGAGCUCAAGAUAUUCAUCUCGAUCAAUACAGCGCGAAUUGCAUGAGUAUUGUCUAUGCCACUCAAUUGGGUGUGACUGGAAAAUUAGUUCUCAAAGGAGCGGUCGUUCAAUCCAUUAUUUACUACAUUGCAUUCUAUGAUUUAUUGAGCAGUGGAAAGCCAAUGCCUGGCGCUGUGAGAGACUACUCGCUGAAAAUUAAGGUUCGUUCGCACGAUUUUUUGCAAGGCACAUUUAAUGUGUAUCGUGUGAAUUGUAUUAGAACGAAUCACGAAUUAGGGUUAUAUCAUAUAGUGAUGAGAACGUUACAAAAUUAA